AUGGAUCUCUCCAAUCUACGCACCAGCUUGCGCGAGGAGGAGGCCUCUAGUCAGCGACGUACAGCGCAUCUUCGAGCAGCUGAAGACGAACUCAACGCAUUCUUCCGCUCCUCCGCGUUGGGUCUCACCACUCUUUACCGACAGGGCGUUGCAGCAACAAAGUCGAGCUAUGAGAAGGGAUACGCGCAUGCCCUCGCGCACGUACUAGAACUAUGGGAAAAGGAUCGAGAUUGGCUCAAAGGAUAUCUGCAGAGAAGGAUCGAGGCGAUCGAGGCCGCGGAUGCUGAGGAUGAGCCGGAAGAGGUUCAGAUGGAUCAACGGCAGCAGCAGCCGCAGCAGCAGCAACAAGGUGCAGGCCCGAGCUUUCUACGAUCUCCCAGCCAGGGUGCAGCGAGACAAGCGCAGACACCGACAGAUUCGCCAAGGCAGAGCAACAAGCGAUCGCGCAAUGCCUUCCACGAUCUUUCCGCCAGCUCGCAUCGCAGUCAAGACGACGCUAACUCAGAACGAAGAGCACUUCACCGCGUACCGCACAACUCAACUUCGUCUCGCUUCCCGUCUUCGACCAACUUCGCAUCCAGCUCUUUCAACUUCUCCGCUCCCCUAUCGUAUCCCUCCUCUUUCAACGCAGCUGCAGCAGCCACGUCCGCCUCGUCCCCGAUCAAAUCGAGACCAUUGCGAUUGGACGCGCCGGUGGUCAAGACCUCGAAUCCAGCCACUUCCAAACGCCGACUACAAAAAUUGAAAGGUCUGCGAGCAGGUCGAGCCGAUCGAGUAGUAGAGAUCGAGAGGCGGCAGGACGAUGAACAGGACGAAAUUUUGCCAGACGGUGUUGCGGCGGAAGAUGCGGACGCGUGGACAGACGACGACGGCGAGGGACACGACGAGAACUCUUCACCUGCUGCCAAGAGAGGUGCAGGUGGGAGAGGCAAGAAGGCUGUGGUAUGGGCAGAGAGAGCUGCAGCGUCCGGUGGACCUAGUGCUGCACACACACCGCAACAGGCAGAGGGAAAGGUGUUGGAGCGGCUCGACAGGAGGAAGAGGAGAAGAACGAGGCAGACAGAGGAUAUCGCCAUGGGAGACGAGGCGGAGAGUUCAGCGGAAGUCUCGAGGGAGGAAGACGCAGAUCAGUUCGCGUAUCAUUCGUGA